GUAUUGUGAUACUUUCUGAUAUUUCUUCUUGGUUGUCUUUUCUUAUUUAUUCAAGGGUUUUGGAUCUCUGUUUUAGCUGUAGAAUUCAUGCUGCAUUGAUCUACAUUUCAUUCUCCGACUUUCUUUGGAUCAGAAGCAUUGGUAAGAGUUGGAAACCAGCUUGAAGAUGGCUAGAAUUUCAAUCCCCCUUCUGGGGCUUCUGUAUUUGUGUUGUUGGGCAGCCAUUGCAGAAGCUCAAGGGAAUAUGAAAUACAAGGACCCUAAGCAACCAUUGGGUGCUCGGGUCAAAGAUCUGAUAAAUCGGAUGACUCUCGCAGAGAAGAUAGGUCAGAUGGUCCAAAUCGACCGGAUUAGUGCUACAGCUGAUAUUAUGAAGAACUACUUUAUUGGGAGUUUAUUGAGUUCUGGAGGAAGCGUUCCUGCUCCAAAGGCUUCCCCUGAGACAUGGGUAUCUAUGGUGAAUGAGUUCCAGAAGGGUUCCCUUGGUUCUCGUCUUGGAAUUCCAUUUAUAUAUGGAAUUGAUGCUGUUCAUGGCCACAACAAUGUGUACAAAGCCACAAUAUUCCCUCACAAUGUAGGGCUUGGAGUUACCAGGGAUCCAAAUCUUGUGAAAAGGAUUGGGGCUGCAACUGCACUUGAAGUUAGAGCUACAGGAAUUCAAUACGCUUUUGCCCCAUGCAUCGCGGUCUGUAGAGAUCCCAGAUGGGGCAGGUGUUAUGAGAGCUACAGUGAAGACCCCAAGAUUGUCCGAAUGAUGACAGAAAUAAUACCUGGGCUACAAGGAGAUCUUCCAGUCAACACUCGAAAGGGUGUCCCUUAUCUUAGUGGAAUGGAUAAGGUUGCAGCUUGUGCUAAGCACUUUGUAGGUGAUGGUGGAACAGUCAAUGGCAUCAACGAGAAUAAUACCAUUGCCAACCAGAAUGAUUUGUUCAACAUCCAUAUGCCUGCUUACCUUGAUUCAGUCAGCAAAGGUGUCUCAACAAUUAUGGCCUCUUACAAUAGUUUGAAUGGAGUGAAGAUGCAUGCAAACCGUGAUAUGAUCAACGGAUUCCUCAAGGGCAAUCUCCGUUUCAAGGGUUUUGUCAUCUCAGAUUGGCAGGGUGUCGACAAGCUCACUGAUCCACCCCACUCAAACUAUUCCUAUUCUAUUGAAACUGCAAUUAAUGCAGGCGUUGACAUGGUUAUGGUUCCCUACAAUUAUGCUGAAUUUAUUAAUGGUCUGACCGAUUUGGUCAAUAAAAAUGCUGUCCCUAUGAGCCGUAUAGAUGAUGCUGUAAAGAGGAUACUGCGGGUCAAGUUUGCAAUGGGUCUCUUUGAGAACCCUUUAGCAGAUAACAGUUUAGCUGCCAAGGUCGGAUGCAAGGAACACAAAGAAUUGGCAAGGGAAGCUGUAAGGAAAUCGCUGGUGCUGUUGAAGAACGGCAAGACAGCAUCUGACCCAUCAGUGCUGCCUCUGCCAAAGAAGGCACCAAAGAUCCUCGUCGCCGGUACCCAUGCUGACAACCUAGGCUACCAAUGCGGUGGAUGGACAAUUGAGUGGCAAGGACUCAGUGGAAAUGACCUCACCGAAGGAACCACAAUCCUCAAAGCCAUCAAAGACACCGUUGAUCCAAGCACCCAAGUCAUCUUCAACGAGAACCCAGACACCAACUUUGUAAAGUCUAAUGGUUUCUCCUAUGCCAUUGUUGUAGUAGGGGAAUACCCUUAUGCAGAGACAAAGGGUGAUAGCCAGAACCUAACAAUACCUGACCCAGGCCCAAGCACAAUCACUAAUGUAUGUGGGGCUGUCAAAUGUGUCGUCAUCGUCAUAUCAGGUCGUCCAGUUGUGAUCGAACCAUAUGUUGCCUCAAUGGAUGCUCUUGUGGCUGCAUGGCUCCCUGGUAGUGAAGGCCAAGGUGUGGCUGAUGUUAUCUUUGGUGACUAUGGUUUCACUGGCAAGCUUGCUCGAACUUGGUUCAAGACUGUCGAUCAACUUCCAAUGAACCUUGGGGAUGCACACUAUGACCCACUCUUCCCAUUUGGGUUUGGAUUAAAAACUCAGCCAAGAAAGUCAAGCUAGAGAUCUGAGAAGCUUUUGAUCAGCAGUUGUAAAUUUUUUGUUACCAAUUCAUCAUCCGGCUAUUAUUUAAGGAAUUUGAUGUAACAGAGCUUCUCUAUAAUGGCUUAUUUUGGGUUCCAUUGUU